AUGAGCAAGAAGAAGGCCUUGGACGCACGGAUUGCCGCGCUGAUUCGUAACGGCGUAGAUACCCGCGAAAGAAGUUUUAUCAUUAUGGUUGGUGACCGCUCGAGAGAUCAGAUUCCCAACCUUCAUUACCUGAUGAUGAACGCUAAUCUCAAAAUGAAUAAAUCCAUUCUUUGGGCCUAUAAGAAGAAACUGCUUGGUUUCACGUCCCACAGAAAGAAGAGAGAAGACAAGCUGAAAAAAGAUAUUAAGCGCGGAAAAAGAGAAGCCAACGACCUUGAUCCGUUUGAAGUGUUUAUCACAAAUCAGCAGAUCAGAUACGUUUAUUACAAAGAGACAGAUAAAAUUUUGGGUAACACCUAUGGAAUGUGCAUUUUGCAGGAUUUCGAAGGACUUACUCCUAACUUGAUGGCAAGAACGAUCGAAACCGUCGAGGGUGGAGGACUUGUUGUGAUGCUCUUGAAAUCGAUGUCUUCUUUGAAACAAUUGUACACUGUGACCAUGGAUAUCCACUCUAGAUACAGAACCGAAGCACAUAACGACGUUGUUGCCAGAUUCAACGAGAGAUUCUUGCUGUCUCUUUCCGACUGUAAGAACUGUUUGGUUCUGGACGACGAACUGAACGUCCUGCCGGUCUCUGGUGGAAGACACGUGAAGAGACUGCCUCCAAAAGACGACGAGGAGCUUUCCGAAAAAGAACAGGAGCUGGUGGAGUUGAAGUCGAGCCUUGAGGAUACCCAGCCUGCUGGUUCGCUAGUGAGUUUGGCCAAGACGCUGAACCAAGCCGAGGCCAUUCUGCGGUUUAUUGAUUCCAUUGCGGAAAAGACUCUGAACACAACGGUCACUUUGACUGCCGGAAGAGGACGUGGUAAGUCUGCUGCUCUGGGUAUUGCCAUUUCUGCGGCCGUGGCACAGGACUACUCCAACAUCUUUGUCACUUCUCCGUCCCCAGAGAACUUGAAGACGCUGUUUGAGUUCAUCUUCAAGGGAUUCGACGCUAUGGGAUACGUUGAGCACCAAGAUUACGACAUCAUCCAGUCGACCAACCCAGCCUUCGGUAAGGCCAUUGUGAGAGUGGAUAUCAAACGGUCUGGACACAGACAAACCAUCCAGUACAUUUCUCCAACAGACCACCAGGUUCUUGGACAGGCAGAGCUGGUGAUCAUUGACGAAGCUGCUGCAAUUCCGUUACCAGUGGUGAAGAAGCUGCUUGGCCCUUACUUGGUGUUCAUGGCCUCGACCAUCAACGGAUACGAAGGAACGGGCCGGUCUUUGAGUUUGAAGCUGAUACAGCAAUUGCGGGAAAACUCGAACUCCAUCAUCAACGACAACUCACAAACCCAGGUGGUUUCCAGAGACUCCAAGAAAACUGGCGACGACCUGAGCAUUCGUGGCCGUAACCUUGUUGAGGUUGUGCUGGACGAGCCAAUUAGAUACGCCCCGGGCGACCCUGUGGAAGCAUGGCUCAACAAAUUGCUCUGCUUGGACGCAAAAUUGACAAAGAACACCAAGUACGAGACCAGAGGAUGUCCGCAUCCAAGCGAGUGCAACCUGUUCUACAUCAACAGAGAUACGCUGUUCUCGUACGACCCCGUCUCGGAAGCUUUCCUUCAGAAAAUGAUGGCUUUAUUCGUUUCUUCGCAUUACAAGAACUCUCCAAACGACUUGCAACUAAUGUCCGAUGCUCCAGCUCACCAACUGUAUGCUCUAUUCGGUCCAGAUGUUGGAAAAGACGGCGCUAUCCCAACACCUUUGUGUGUCAUCCAACUUGCGUUGGAAGGAGAGAUCUCCAAAGAGAGUAUUCGGAGCAGUUUGAAUAGAGGAAUCCGUGCUGGCGGUGAUCUUAUUCCAUGGCUGAUCAGUCAGCAGUUCCAAGACGACGAGUUUGCUUCUCUUUCUGGUGCCCGUGUUGUCAGAGUGGCCACUCACCCAGAAUACACAAACAUGGGUUACGGAUCAAGAGCUUUGGAGCUUUUGACAGACUACUUCGAAGGUAAGUUUGCAGACGUGAAUGAGACAAGAUCUUUCGAGGACGACAAGUACUCUUUGAAGAGGCUCACAGAUAGCGAGCUAGAGUCUUCUGUUCUACAUGAAGAAAUCAAGCCACGCAAGGAAAACAAGUUGCAACCUCUGUUUAUCAAUUUGGCUCAUAAACCACCUUACUAUUUGCAUUACAUGGGUGUCUCUUACGGAUUGACACCGCAAUUGUUCAAGUUCUGGAAAAGAUCCGGAUACUUGCCUGUUUAUCUGCGGCAAACCGCUAAUGAUCUGACCGGAGAACACACCUGUGUGAUGCUCAAGGUUUUGGAGAACCGUGAAAGCAAGUGGCUCCACGAGUACUCGAAGGAUUUCCACAAGAGAUUUGUGAAUCUUUUGUCGUACAACUUUGGUUUUGUUCCGUCUGUCCAGGCAUUAAGUAUUCUUGAAUCGUGCGACAAACCAACUCCAGAGCAGUUGACCAAGGAAGAGCUCGACAAGAACUUUUCGCCGUUCGACCUCAAGAGACUCGAGUCGUACGCCAACAACCUGAUCGACUACCAUGUUGUGGUGGACAUGUUGCCAAUUCUGUCGUACUUGUACUUCCAGGGCCGCAUCAGCUCUGAGGUGAGUCUUUCGAACGUGCAGGCUGCCAUUUUGGUUGCAAUCGGAUUGCAACACAAGGAUAUGGACAAGAUCUCCAAGGAGCUCGGAAUCGAGUCGAACCAGGCGAUGGCCAUGUUUGCCAAGGUGAUCCGUAAGGUGUCGACGUAUUUCCGGUCGCUUGUUCAGCAGAAGAUCGCCGACGAGAUGCCUGAGCUCGAAGACGAGCAAGUGCGCGAGAUGAACGGCGAGGGAUCGGACGAGGCCGACAUCGAGGACAUCGAGCGCGAGCUGGUGGACGAGAUGAACGAGUCUGGAGCCAAGGCUGUGAGUGCUUUGAGAGAGAAACAGAAGGAGCUGAUCAACUCUCUGGAUUUGGACAGAUACGCCAUCAGCGAACACGGCUGGGACAAGAAGCAGCUCAACAAGGCGGCCAAAAACAAGGGUGUGGUGAGCGUGAAGUCCGACAAGAAACGGAAGACGGGCGAGAGUGCUGGCGAGAUCUAUGAGCAGGAGAUCAAGAAGCAGAAGGCCCACAAGCCUCAAAAAUCAAAGAGAUAG